AUUUCUUACUUAUCAAGUCAGUCAUUGAUAAAUCCGUUUGGCCUGCAAAUCAUUAAAUGUCUAUUAACAUCCAUGAGAAUUUCAAGCGGAUUCCUUUGGUUGCUGUUCGCUGGGUCUCUCCUCUCUUCCAACAUGCGUGUCGCUGGUUAUCGCCUCGAUAGGGCUCAGCACCCCAAGCGUAUGGCUUGGCCAUCGAAUCUCUAUGCGGACUUUGCGGCCAUUAACAGUCGAGAUGAAGCUGCCGCCAGUCCAAGUGUCAAUCGCUUAACCAAAUCGGCUGAUCCGGUUGGGCAAAGCAGCGGUUCAGCUCCAGCUGGAGGUGCAAGUGCCGGUUCUGGUGCCCCGGCAUGCAACGAGAGCGCAAGUAGUAAAAAUUGCGAUGUGAAGCAAAUCUUUGCGCCGGGCGAUCCCAAGCAAAAGUCCUCGAACAUUGCCAUGAAGGCGGCCCAGGAUGCCAAGGCGGCGAAUGAGGCGCAACAAGCUGCCGGCCAAUUGGCUGCUCAGCACAUCAAGCAGGAGCUGGCCGAGAAGGCCUUUCAAUCGGCCAAGGCAGCCGAAGCGGCGCUCACCGGCAAGCAAAUGGUUGUGCAGCAACUCGAGCUGGAAAUGCAAGAGGCCCACGCUGUGGUCGAGGAGGAGUCUGCGUCCCUGCAGAACACGGAGAGUAACAUGAAUGCGGCUGUCGAAGCAGCUCGUGCUGCAACACAUCAGUUCGAAACACUCACCGAACUCCAAAAGACGGUGAAAGAUAACUUGGCCAACAUUCAGACGGUGGCACUGGGCUCCCAACAGGAAAUGACCGCUAAAGUACAGUUGCUCGAGGCGGCCAAGAAUCGACUGGCCACAUUGGAGAAGCAACUGCAAAGUGCUCGCGAGGAUUACGAGAAGACCAAACAAGCGGCUUACAAAGCGGCCUGUGCAGCUGUCGAAGCCAAGCAGAAGGCUUCCGCCGAACAUUAGUUGUGCCCCAUUUUCCCUAUGUUAUAUAUUUUGUUACAAUAAUUGGAAUGUUUACGUUUACUCCCAGAGAAAACAGUUGUCAUACAAACGACUUGCAUGCCAAGAUAAAUUCCAGACCCGGAUCAGGUGCAGUCUACUAUCCGCAUGAUCCCCUGUACUCUAAUGGGAGUAUCUUAAAUGUAUUUAAUAUUAAAUUUUAAAUGUCCAUUUAAUUC